GGACCCGGCGGGGCGGGAGGCGCGGCCGCGGUGCGGCGGUGCUGGGCGCGCCGGUUCCGCCCCGUGCCGCGCCGAGCGCCGCCCCGCAGCGCGCCUUGGGAGAGCGGCGGCGGCGGCGGGGGGCCCGCACUGAUCCCCGUCCCCCCGCCCGGCCCGGCCCGGCCCGGUCCGGUGGCAGCAGCCGCAUGUCGGGGCCCGGGGCGCAGAGCCGCAGCCGGCGGCUGCCCGCUGAGAUGGAGCAGGCCCAGCGGAACCUGGACGCAGAGCAGAUGCAGCAGCAACAGCUGAAACUGCGGGACAGACAGAAGUUCUUUGAGGAGGUUUUCCAGCACGAUGUGGAUUUCUUCUUCCCCAUGUCCCACCUGCAGAUUGAGCACCGGAGACCCCCCUUAGGCAGCAUUUCCUCCAUGGAGGUGAACGUGGACAUGCUGGAGCAGAUGGAUGUGCUGGACCUGUCAGACCAGGACACUGUGGAUGUGUUUCUGGGCUGUGGGGCAGAGGAGAGCAGCAUUGCUGGGUCUCUGCCAGGGGCAGAUGCCAGCCAGUGCCCAGAGGAGAUCACCCUGCAAGUGCCCAACGCAGCCGAGAGCAAAUCUCGCAUUUCCUCCACCUCCUCUGCCUCCACGGAUUUGAACAGCCUGGACACCAGCGAGGAGGGGGCCGAGACCCCCGUGGUGCAGUCGGAUGAGGAGGACCUGCAGGAGGACAGUCCCAAAGAGCAGGUGGUGAGAAGCUAGCAGGCAGCUCUGCCCUGCUCCCAGCCUCCUCCCUACGGACUGGCCAGCCCAGAAGGAAAGCUGCUGGUGCUCAGUGAACCCCAUCCUGGACUGCUGCCCUGCCACAGGGGAGAGAUGGUUUUCCCCUCCUCUCCCUCCAUGUGUUCUCCUGGCAGCUAAAGGAGAAGGAAAGGGGUACUGUAAGCUCCCAAAAUUAACUCUUCAGGCUUUGCUGCUAACACUCCCUGCUUCACCUCCCCCCAACAUGCUCAGCAUCCCACAGCCCCACCACCUCCAGAAAGCCAUCCCUUAGGAUCCCAUUCCCCCUGCCCUACUGACAAAGGUUCUGUCCAGACAAGCACUUAACGAUGGCACAGAGAGAAAUAACACUGAUCUAACCAA